CCGGUAAUUUCGUCCUACGGGGCCGCCCAUUAUAUAUGGGCGCUCGCGCUAAACCCUAACGAGCCGCUCAUUUGCGCCGCGCCGCCGCCGCUGCCCCGAGGAAGCUCCGCCGCGCUGCUCGAUCCCAUGGCUCCAACGAAGAAGUCGAAGAAGAGCACGGAGAGCAUCAACAACAAGCUGCAGCUGGUGAUGAAGAGCGGCAAGUACACGCUCGGCUACAAGACCGUCCUCAAGACGCUGCGCAACUCCAAGGGAAAGCUGAUAAUCCUCGCGAACAACUGCCCUCCGCUUAGGAAGUCUGAGAUUGAGUACUACGCUAUGCUGGCCAAAGUUAGCGUGCAUCAUUUUCAUGGAAACAAUGUUGAUCUUGGCACUGCCUGCGGCAAGUACUACCGGGUGUGCUGUCUCAGUAUCAUUGACCCAGGCGACUCGGACAUCAUCUCUGCCGCACCUGGCGCCCAUUGAGGAAGAGUGGACUUUGCCUAUAGUUGAGAUAUAGGGCUCAGACUUUUGUGCAAGGCCGAUGGCUGUUUCUUGUUUAUCUUUAGUUAUGUAAUUUGCUACGAUUAGUUGAUCUGCCAUACAGAUUAUACUUCACAUGUUUAUGUAAGGCAUAUCUAUGAUUUUGUUUGAUGAAAUCGUUUUACUUUGGCUGA